GAAACCCUAAACAGGGGAGAGGAGGAGAGAGGAGGAUGCUCAGGGAGGAGGAGGAGGGAGAGGUGGAGAAAUGCAUGUAGCCGGCUACAUGUGGAGCUUAUGAGACUGAGGGAGAGAUCAGGCAGGCAGCCUCAGUAGUGAAGAGGAGGUGGACAGGGAAGCUGGCACUACGUGCCCCCCAAGGAAGGAGCUACCAUGGGCAAGGGGGGCCAGAAUGGAGAGGAGUGCAGCUCCGGGUGCGUCAAGUCGGAUCCUCGGUACGGUUGGGAAGAAAUCCAGAAACACAACACAAGGACUGAUAAGUGGCUAGUGAUAGACCGCAAAGUCUACAACAUCAGUGACUGGGUGAAGAGGCAUCCUGGGGGCUUGAGAGUUAUCAGCCACUUCGCCGGCGAAGAUGCCUCGGAAGCUUUCCAUGCAUUUCAUCCUGACCUGAAUUUUGUGAGGAAAUUUCUCAAGCCGCUGUAUGUUGGAGAACUGGCAGAGAAUGAGCCCAGCCAGGACCGUGGAAAAAGUAGGGAGCAAGCGGAAGACUUUCAGAAAUUACGUAAAACAGCAGAAGACAUGGGACUUUUCAAAGGCAGCGUGGUGUUCUUCAGUCUUUACCUAUUGCACAUCCUGGUCCUAGAGGUUCUUGCCUGGGCUAACCUUUACUACCUUGGCAAUGGAUGGAUACCAACCAUAAUUACCAUUUUGCUCCUUGCAACUUCUCAGGCCCAGGCUGGUUGGCUGCAGCAUGACUUUGGACACUUAUCUGUCUUUAACAAGUCUAAAUGGAAUCACAUUGGCCAUAAGUUCGUCAUUGGCCACCUGAAGGGAGCUUCAGCCAACUGGUGGAACCAUCGGCAUUUUCAGCACCACGCCAAGCCUAAUAUAUUCAGCAAGGAUCCAGAUGUGAACAUGGUGCACAUUUUUGUGUUGGGUGACACCCAGCCUGUGGAGUAUGGGAAGAAGAAGUUAAAGUUCCUGCCGUAUAAUCACCAACAUCAGUAUUUUUUCCUGAUUGGUCCCCCACUUCUGAUCCCAGUGUAUUUCACAGUCCAGAUUAUGAAGACUAUGAUAAUCCGCAAGGACUGGGUGGAUCUGGCUUGGUCGCUGUCCUACUACAUGCGUUUUUUCUUCACAUUUGUUCCUUACUUUGGAGUUUUGGGAUCUGUUGCCCUGCUCACGACGGUCAGGUUUCUUGAAUCGCACUGGUUUGUGUGGGUCACACAGAUGAAUCAUAUCCCCAUGGAGAUUGAUCAUGAAAAAUACAGAGACUGGUUGGGCAGUCAGUUGGCAGCAACGUGCAACAUAGAACAAUCCUUCUUCAAUGACUGGUUCAGUGGGCAUCUCAACUUUCAAAUUGAACAUCAUCUAUUCCCUACUAUGCCUCGUCACAACUAUUACAAGAUUGCUCCCUUUGUGCGCUCUUUGUGUAAAAAGUACGAUGUAUUCUACGAAGAAAAACCUCUGUGGAAAGCCUUCAAGGACGUUGUUGGAUCACUGAGAAAGUCAGGAGACCUGUGGUUAGACGCCUACCUCCACAAGUGACCCGACUCUAGAUUACCCAUGCACAGGAGGACCUCUGAACUUUAAAAUAGCACAAUUGACAUCUAUAAUUGUUAUCUGUAGGUUUGUAACAAACUGCCUCAAAAGUAAGGUCAGGGAGCUUUCUGCGUAUUUAUAACACUUGCAAUGCCAGGAAGACUUGUGGUACUUUGCAAUACAGGGGUU